AUCCAAACAAGCCCUUAGCUAAACUUGAAGCCAGAGGGCCAGUAAGUCCGUACCUCCCGCCAUCGCCUCGGGACCGACCCGCCGCCGCCGCCCAUUCAUCGAGGGAACUAAGAAACCAUAAAUCUCUCCGCAUGAAACUGGCAAUCUCUCUCUCUACUCUCCACUUACUCUCUCUAAAAAUCUCAACUUUGAUAUCUAAACUCUCUGUCUUCAAUCAAUCAACAGACAUGCCUGAGCAAGGAAGCGGCUACCAUUUCCCGCCAUGCCUCCUCCACCUCUCCGGCCACCGCCUCCUCCUCGACUGCCCUCUCGACCUCUCCCCUCUCACCGCCUUCACCCCUCUCAAAACCCUAGCAUCCCAAACCCUAACCCUAAUCCAGUCCCUCCCUCGCUACAAAGCCCUAAGAAACCUCCACCUCUACGACCCCUCCCUCAUCGACGCCGUCCUCAUAACCACCCCCGCCGGCAUGCUCGGCCUCCCGUUCCUCACCCGGAGCCCUAGGUUUGGCGGGAAGGUGUACGCUACCGAGGCGGCGGCGAGGGUCGGGAGGUUGAUGAUGGAGGAGCUCGUUGCAAUGCAUGAGGAGAUGUUAGGGUUUUAUGGGCCGGAGAGGGAGGAGGAUGGGGUUUUGCCGGAGUGGUUGAGGUGGGAGGAGGUGGAGAGGUUGCCGGAGACAGUGAGGGAGGUUGUGAUGGGUGGAAGCGGGGAGGAGAUGGGAAGCUGGAUGCCGUUGUAUAGUGCUGCAGACAUAAAGGAAUGUAUGCAGUCAGUUCAACCUCUGAAGUAUGCUGAAGAAGUUUGUUUCAAUGGCACCAUAGUAUUGAAAGCUUUCAGUUCUGGUCUUGAAAUUGGAAGCUGCAAUUGGACAAUCAGUGGACCUAGAGGAAGCAUUGCAUACUUGUCGAGCUCCAUAUUCCAGUCAGCUCAUGCAAUGGACUUUGACUACCAUUCUCUUCAAGGAAAGGAUGUAGUUCUAUUUUCUGAUUUGUCAUCCUUAUACAGCCUAGCUGAUGGUAAUGACACCAGUGGGAGUAAUCAUGAUGAAGAAAUGGAAGAGAAAGAUUUGAGUCCUUCAGAUGUUUCAGAAGUCAGGGCAUCCUACGAUAAAGAGGAUGAAACAAGAAGCUAUUUAAUUGACCCUGGUGAGAGUUCAGAGGAGAACAACAAGAUCAGUUUCAUAUGCUCGUGUGUCAUUGAUUCCCUAAAUGAAGGAGGUUCUGUUCUGAUCCCUGUAGGCAGAGUUGGGAUCAUAUUAGUGCUUCUCGAGCAGUUAUCACAGUUACUAGAAUCAUCAAAUUUGGAGGUACCCAUAUUUAUGGUGUCGUCUACUGCAGAAGAGAUGCUAGCAUUUACUAAUGCUAUUCCGGAAUGGCUUUGUAAGCGACGACAAGAUAAGCUCUUCGCUGGUGAGGCACUGUUUGGUCAUGUUGAUCUUAUGAGAGAGAGAAAGCUUAAUAUAUUUCCGCUACUGUACUCCCCAGAGUUGUUAAUGAUGUGGAGGGAGCCCUGCAUAGUCUUUGCACCUCAUUGGAGCCUUCGCCUUGGUCCAGUUGUUCAUUUGCUUCAUCGAUGGCAUGCAGACCACAGAUGUUUACUAAUUCUGGAGCAAGGAGUUGAUGCUGAAGCUGCCCUCUUGCCUUUCAAGCCAGUUGCAAUCAAGGUCCUGCAAUGCUCCUUUCUAUCAGGAAUAAAGGUGGAAAAAAUUCAGCCACUGCUGGAAGUUCUGCGACCAAAAUUUACUCUGCUUCCCGAAGAUUUAAGGUCUCAAUGUAAAGAUCCAAACCUCUCUUUCUUAUAUUACUCGGAGAACACAACAGUUUGUAUUCCCAAACUUCGGGAGAAUUUUGAAGCCUUCUUAGCUACUGACCUCGCGUUUAACCUCCUCCCUCGGAGAUUAACAAUCAAAGGGAAAGACAUGGCAAUUGCAAGAUUGAAGGGGGGUCGGCUUCUCUUGAGAAAUGGGAAAUAUAUUUUGGUUUCUUCAGGAGAAAAACAAGCUACUGAGCCCCUAAACAAACUUUACUGGGGUUGUAUUGAUCCUGCUCGCUUACUAUCAGCAUUGAAAGAGAAGGAGAUUAAUGCAUCGCUGAGACUUCCUUCAGAAAAUGAGGAUUCUACUUGUUCCACUAUAUACCUUGAGCAAGGAGAUGAUUUCAUUAAAAUAAGUGCGUCACAAACGUUCAUCCGUUGUGCCGAUGAAUCCACGGUUGCCAGAAUAUAUGAAGCUAUCAGUACAAUCUGUGAUGGAAUUUGACCACCAUUGAUAUUAUUUGCUUGUGUUUUGUUCAUUGUAAUCAUACGUAUACGACAGAUAUGAAUACAUGAAAGUACUAGUUUUGGUCAUCUCCUUGUGCCAUGUAAAUUAGCUCAUGAUAAAUUCUGUAUGUGAUUUAACGAAGGGGAACGUGCUUGUUCAAGGGAUUGUCUUAAUAAGCUACCAUUUAUUUUUGUU